AUGGCUGACAGUCAACUUCGCCGGGAAGCUUCCGAUGCCUCCCUAAAUACAACUGCCGGUAUAAACGGCUCUGCUGUAACUUCACCUCGGUCCAGCUCUGAAAUUCGGCCCUCCAACCGUAAUCAACACCGUGUGUCACAUUUGACUCAGUCAAACCAUCAACACCGUCAGAGCUUGAGCGAGUCCUUGCGUGGUCCUCCCGGCUCCCCUCGAUCACGAAGACAGCCAUCCCUCACCCAGUCCGCUAUACAGAGUCUCAUCGAUAACCCACCCCCACCAAAGAAUGUCGAUCCGGCUUUUAUUGGUCGGGACUGGCAAGCGAUCUCCAUUGGAGAACUGGUCAGUCUGGAGGACGUGCGCUUUGUAGAGUUGGACACUGGUAUUGAGGAGGCCACAAAUAUACUAAUCGAUUCGGGUGCGCCGGUCUUAUUGAUUCGUGAAACCCCCGAAGACAACUCUGCUGUUGCAACAUUUGAUUAUUCAGAUCUCAAUACCUAUCUGCUUCUGGCUGCUGGUCUAGCUCAUCCAGGAGACCAACAGCGCGCAGCCUAUGAGGUGCUUGCCAAUAAAGCCCAAGAAGGCGAAAAGAUCCCUCUCAAGGAUGUCAAAAGCUUGGGCAUGGAGAAGGAACCGCUUGUCACGCUGCCCGCAUCGGCAAAUAUGGUCAAGGCAGUUGAGACUUUCGGCGGCGGCAUCCAUCGUGUAGUGGUAACUAAAGAGGAGUCGAAAGACAGUGAGGUUGUCGGCGUUUUUAGUCAGUUUCGACUGGUCAAGUUCCUUUGGGAAAAUGGACGCAGUUUUCCAGCGAUUGAAGAAUUAUAUCCUCAGGCUCUGCGCGACUUGAAAAUUGGGUCUCAGGAUGUGAUCUCCAUCAAUGGUGACAAACUCCUCGUUGAGGCUCUUCAAGUCAUGAACAACGAGGGUAUUACUUCCCUUGUCGUAGUGGAUAAUCAUUUCAACGUGAUUGGAAAUAUUUCUACAACAGACGUGAAGCUGCUGACACGGACUUCGUCGAUACCGCUACUUCAAAAUACCUGUACUCAUUUUAUCUCGGUUAUCCUUUCCACUCGAGGCCUGAUUGAAGGGCAAGACUCGUUUCCAGUAUUCCACGUCAAUCCGAGUUCGACUCUGGCUCAUACUGUCGCAAAAAUUGUUGCGACUAAAUCACACCGACUUUGGAUAACCGACCCACAAUCUCCAGCCUCAUCAGCACCUCCGACCCCCUCGCACUCUAGCACCCAUAUCCCCCUGCCCACGCCCACCAGCAUUCCUGUGAAUUGGCCCAGCAGUGCUAUCUCUCCACCCCCAUCGCCUCUUCCCGUUGGUAUAACCUCACUACAACCUCUCAAUCCCACCGCAUCGCAGUCUUCUGUCCCAUUUAACCCCACUGUGUCAAGCAGCAUCAACCCACCUCUUGCCACAUCCAUUCCUGCCUCAACACUGCCCGGUAGCCGUUUGUCAGGACGGCUGGUCGGUGUUGUCAGCUUGACAGAUAUUCUGAAUCUACACGCUCGUGUGAGCGGUCUAAGCCCGGCCGACCCGGCGGAGACCCGACGACGCCGUCGCAGUAGCAGCUCAUCGAGCCUGUCUGUCCGUCGCAGUGGUGAAAUCGGGCGAGAAUUGUUUAGCCGCGGUAUCUAA